AACAACGAUAACCACAAGUGAAAAUAUGACGCCACAUGAUAAAACAACAAUUGAUAUAAUAACAAAUGAAACUGGUGAAUCUACGAUCUCAACUGGUAAGACAACUAUCGACAUUGUAGUAUCCUCCACAAUCAAAUCUACUACAAAUCCAAUUUUUGAUGUUUCAACUACAGCUGAACUAUUAUUAAAUCAUUCUCUGACCAUUCUCACUUCUCCGGCAUAUAGCUGUAAAAAUGUUAACGACUGCAGUGGACACGGUUAUUGUGUAGGCCCCGAGAUAUGCAAAUGCCAUGAUGGAUUUGCUGGUCGCAAGUGUAAGCGAUGUAGGAAGGAUAGAUUCGGACCCAGUUGCUCAAAAUGCAAAGAUUGCAAAGAGGGAAGAUGCAAUGAGAUUACAGGAAGAUGUGAUAUGAUUACAACUACUGUCAACGUCAUGAAUGAAACUAUUUCAAAUACAACAGCUGCACGUGCAACAUCUACAACUUUAACUGAUACAUCAGUCACUGGAGCAUCUACGACUUUGGCUGAUAUAACAACAAUAGAAAAUGAUGAAUCUACGAUUACAAGUAAUAUACCAACAGCAGGCACUGGUCCAUCUUUGACUUCAGCUUA